CCCUCACCUCCCCACUCUACAUAAAAACCACACCCCAUAAAAACUGUAAAGCCCCUCUCUUUGCACCCCUUCAAAAAAAGAAAAAAACACAAAAAAAACCAAAAACAAAAAAAAGCAAAAUCUAGAGGAACAGAGAAAAUUCACGCAAAAACAGAAAAAGAAAAAAAAUAGAGAGAGUGUUACCGUCGCGGCAUCGACAAGCGCGUCUUCAUCAGUCGUAUGGCCACCACGAUCACCACAACACUGAACGACCUGCCGGAGGCGAUCGUGUCGAACAUAAUCGCCUUCGUCUCCGACGUCCGAAGCCGGAACUCCAUCUCCCUCGUCUGCCGCCGAUUCCGUGUUCUGGAGAGGGCCACGCGCACUUCCCUCGCGCUUCGCGGCAACGCGCGCGACAUCCACCUGAUCCCGCGGUGCUUCUCCGCCGUAACCAGCCUUGACCUCUCGCUUCUCUCGCCGUGGGGCCACGCGCUGCUCUCCUCGCCGGCGUCUCCGCUGGAUCCCCUCCUCCUCGCCCUCCGCCUGCGCGUGGCCUUCCCGUCGGUUACCUCCCUCACCGUCUACGGCCGCUCCGCCAGCACUCUUCAGGUGCUGGCUCCUCAGUGGCCGGCUCUCCACCGCGUCAAGCUCGUCCGGUGGCACCAGCGCCCGCAGCAGUCGCAGCUCGGAGAGGACUUCUUCUCUCUCUUCGAGCAAUGCUCUUCGCUGUCCACGCUUGACCUCUCCGAGUUCUACUACUGGACGGAGGAUCUUCCUUCGGUUCUCGAGGCCUUUCCCGCCGUGGCGCAAUCGCUGUCGAAGCUGGAUCUGCUCGCGACUUCGUCCAUGGCAGGAUUCAAGGACGACGAGAUCCGCGCCAUCACCGAGGCUUGCCCCAACCUCAAGGAGCUUCGAAUCGCGUGCAGGUUUGAUCAGAGAUACAUUGGCUACGUCGGCGAUGAGGUUUUGCAGGCCUUAGCCGCGAAUUGUUCGAAGCUGAGCGUUCUUCACCUCGUCGACACGUCGUCGUUCGGGGACACUCGCGGCGAUCCGAACGAGGACGGAUUCACGGCGGAGGACGCGCGGAUUAGUCGCGCCGCCAUGGUUGAUUUCUUCUCGGGGCUAAGGUUUCUUGAAGAGCUGGUUCUGGACGUUUGCCUGAACGUCAGGGACAGUGGAUUGGCCUUGGAGGUGCUUGGCUCGAAAUGCCCUAGGUUGAGAGCUCUUAAGCUCGGGCAAUUCCAUGGCGUGUGCUCUGCGGUCGGCUCGCAGCUCGACGGACUUGCGCUUUGCCAAGGGCUAGAGUCGCUGACGAUCAAGAACUCGGCGGACCUGACGGACAUGGGAUUGAUAGAGAUUGGCAGAGGUUGUUGUAGGCUGACCAAAUUCCAUGUCCAUGGCUGCAAGGAGAUUACGGUCAAGGGGCUGAGGACGAUGGCUUGUUUGCUUCGCCGGACUCUCGUCGACGUCAGCAUCUCUUGUUGUAAGAAUCUCGAUGCUACGGCGUCGUUGCGUGCGCUGGAGCCGAUUCGCGAUAAGAUUCAGCGGCUCCACAUUGACUGCAUAUGGGAAAGCUCUGAAAAUUUUGACAAUUUGGGUGCGGAUCACAGUUUUGAUCUCAAUGAAAUGUUAGAGAAUGAAGAAGGAGACGAUGAUGAGCAGAGAAGCAAGAAGAGAAUGAAGUAUGAUCUGAAUUCGGAUUCUUCGUACAAUGGCUAUGACAAUGGAUUUUGGUGCAGCAAAAGCUGGGACAGGCUUGAGUAUCUCUCUCUGUGGAUCGGCGUGGGAGAGCUGCUUUCACCGUUGCCAAUGGCGGGUUUAGAGGAUUGCCCCAACUUAAAGGAGAUACGGAUAAAAGUUGAAGGGGAUUGCCGGAGGCGGCACAAGCCAGCAGAGCGCGCAUUCGGGCUGAGCAGCCUCGCAAGCUAUCCCCAGCUGACGAAAAUGGUGUUGGAUUGUGGCGACACAAUAGGCUAUGCAUUGACUGCGCCGUCGGGGCAAAUGGAUUUGAGCCUCUGGGAGAGGUUUUUCCUCAAUGGGAUUGGGAUUCUGAGCCUCAAUGAGCUUGAUUAUUGGCCCCCACAGGAUAGGGAUGUCAACCAGAGGAGUUUGUCACUUCCGGCGGCCGGGCUGCUCGCGGAGUGCCUCACGCUGAGGAAGCUAUUCAUACAUGGGACAGCUCAUGAACAUUUUAUGAAUUUUCUGUUGAGGAUUCCGAACCUGAGAGAUGUGCAGCUGAGAGGUGAUUACUAUCCUGCGCCAGAGAACGACAUGAGUACAGAGAUGAGAGUGGAUUCUUGUUGCCGUUUUGAAGAUGCACUGAAUAGGCGUCCCAUCGAUGAUUGAGGGUAACUAGGAAAUGCACAAAGUUUUUGUGGGAAGGCAAUGUAGACAAAGUUUUGAGCUUUUAGUUAGUAUGGUUAUAACGAUGAA